AUGGCCAGUCCUUCUGACACGUCGUUGUCCAUUGACACUCCGGACUCGCUGCAACCCAAGCAAGAUGCUCUCUUUGACACGGAGAAGGGAGAUGCCUACGCACUCGACCAGCAGACGACGAUCCACGAAGGCGAGGAGAAGUUCCACAAGCUGGGUUGGAAGCGGAUGACCAUCUGCCUGAUUGUGGAAGCCAUCGCCUUGGGCUCUCUGAGUCUACCAAGUGCCUUCGCUACUCUGGGAAUGGUUGCUGGGGUUAUCGCCUGCGUUGGGCUCGGUCUGGUUGCCAUAUACACGAGUUAUGUGGUCGGCAAGGUCAAGCUCCUGUAUCCUCACAUCAUGAAUUAUGGCGAUGCCGUGAGAUUGAUAUGGGGUCGUCCUGGGUACGAGCUCGCAAACAUCAUGUCCUGCAUUUUCCUCCUCCUCCUGGUUGGCUCGCACACACUCACUGGAACGAUUGCAUUCAUCAACAUCGUUGACAACUACACCAUCUGCGCCAUUGUCUGGGGCAUCAUCUCAGCCGUCCUUCUCUUCAUCCUGGCCAUCCCACCCACCUUCGCCGAGUUCGCGAUCCUCGGCUACAUCGACUUUGGCUCCAUCAUCGCCGCCAUCCUCGUCACCAUCGUCGCAACUGGCGUCCAAGCCAGCAACGCUCCCGGCGGCCUCGGUGCCGUCACCUGGUCCGCCUGGCCUCCCGAGGGCGUCAGCUUCUACCAAGCCUUCCUCGCCGUGUCCAACAUCAUCUUCGCCUACUCCUUCGCCGUCUGCCAGUUCGCCUUCAUGGCCGAAAUGCACACGCCCAAGGACUACGUCAAAUCCAUCUGGAGCAUCGGCCUCAUCGAAAUCUGCAUCUACACCCUCACGGGCGCAUUGGUCUACGCCUUCGUCGGCGCCGAUAUCAAAUCCCCCGCGCUGCUGUCCGCCGGCCCCACCGUCUCGCGCGUCGUGUUCGGCAUCGCGCUCCCCGUCAUCUUCAUCUCGGGCUCCAUCAACAGCAUCGUCCUCUGCCGGUACGUCAUGGACCGCGCCUUUGCCCACUCGCCCAUCCGCUUCGUCAGCUCGGCCCGCGGCUGGGCCGUCUGGCUCUCCCUGCUCGCCGUCGUGACGGUCCUCGCGUGGGUCGUCGCCAGCGCGAUUCCCUUCUUCAACGCCCUGCUCGGCCUCAUCUCGAGCUUGUUCAUCAGCGGGUUUACGUUUUACUUCCCCGCGCUGUUCUGGUUCCAGUUGGUCAAGCAGGGCAAGUGGAAUCGCGACUGGAGGAAUGUGGGUCUCUCGGUCGUGAAUGGCGUCGUGUUUCUGAUUGGUAUGAUCCUGUUGGGGUGCGGGACGUAUGCUAGUGUUAAGGAUAUCCUGGAGCAGUAUCGGGUCGGGGAUGUGAGGAGCCCGUUUACGUGCAGUGCGGCGGCGUAUACGUAG